AUGGCGCCCAUCCCCAUCACCAUCAUCACCGGCUUCCUGGGCUCCGGCAAAACCACCCUCAUCCUCAACCUCCUCCCGCAGCUGCGCCGCAAGAACCCGGCGUACAAGCUCGCCCUGCUGAAGAAUGAGUUUGGCGACCUGGCCGUCGACUCGCAGCUGGCCGCGUCGUCGGCCAUCGCCGGCGUGCAAGAGAUGCUUAACGGCUGCAUCUGCUGCAACCUCGUCGGUCAGCUCGGCCCGGCGCUCGACGAGCUCGCCCGCACCGUCCGCCCCGACCGCGUCGUCAUCGAGACCAGCGGCUCCGCCUUCCCCGCCACGCUGGCCCUCGAGGUGAACCGCCUGGCGCGCGAGUCGGGCCGCUACUCGCUGGACGGCGUCGUCAGCGUCAUCGACGUCGAGAACUGGCAGGGGUACGAGGACACGAGCUACACGGCCCGCAUCCAGGCCCGCUACACGGACCUGAUCGUCUUCAACAAGUGGGAGGCGGCCGGCGAGGACCGGUACGAGAGGUGCCUGGACCGCGUGGGCGACCUGGAGGUGGACGUGGCCAAGGUCAAGAGCGCCAAGGGCUACGUCGACGCGGGCCUCGUGUUUGGCGUCGACGGCGCCCUGGCGCGGGAGCUCACCGAGGACGGCGGCGGCGGCGGCGGCGGCGGCGUCGCAAACGGCACCCUCCCGCACACCCACCACCAGAGCGAGGUGGAGGUGCUGUCGGUCGAGCUCAGGGCCGACGCCCCCGCGGCUGUCGUCGCCACCGACAAGCUGCUCGCGCUGCUCAGAGCCGCCCCCAAGGAUGAAGCGUACCGCAUCAAGGCCGUCGCCACGCUGUCGUCCCCGCCCGCAGACUCGGAUGCCGAUGCUCCCCCGCCCGCGGGCCAUCCCGCCGGACGCUACAUCCUCAACUGGGCCUUUGGCAGGUGGACCUUUACCCCCGUGCCGCAGCCGCGGCAGGAGCACGAGUCGAGCCGCGACGCGACCCUGCGCAUGACCGUGAUACUGGGCCGGUGCGAGAGCGCCAAGUGGAAGAAGAAGCUCGAGGCGGGGGGUUACAUUGCGUUGCAAGGCCCCGACCGGGGCGAGUUGAGCAUGAAUGACGAUAUGACGACAAGACAGAGACAGGCUAUACCGCAGAUUUGCGUAGACUCCACGAUAGAACAAUACACACAAGCACAAUGCCCAACUGGUAGAGAGACCUUUUUUUCACCUCCAACCAAGGCCAUCCCAUACAUCCCCCGACUCAGCAUCGCCGCCGCCGUCGCCCAUCAGCGCAACCCGCUCCCCCGCGUCCUCCGCAUCUCCAAGACCCCCUUUAAAAACAGCGACUCGCAUCGAACAGCACGUUGGCCCUGCCCACCAGCCCACAGCGUCUGCACCCCCUCGCGUGUCUGA